AUGCAAGACGUGAGACACCUCGACCCCGAAGAUCGAGAGGUGGCUAAAGUGGUGAAGACGUCGAUUCAAGAAAAGUUGGACGGGAUAUAUAAACUCGCAUCCCCGAUUGCCCUAACCCUAACCAACUAUGCAGUCGCUAUCCUCUCUACCCAUAACCUUCAGCCGCCUCCUCCUUUUGCUGCUAUGUCCGGCCGCCUCCUUGACAACCGGUGUCGCCGAUCGAAGCCAACCAUCGGUUUAGCCACGACAACGAUGAAGACCUUUUGGCGCCGCUGCUGUCGAGUCGAACUCCGGUAA